AUGGGAAGCAGUAUCUCCAAAGUGAGCUGUGCCGACAUGUCCAUGCAUAAAAAGUACCUGAAAUCGACACAUCGUCGCCCAACAAUUAAAAUCGACAAAUCAAAGAUUGGUAUUCCCACUGAUUUUAGGCACACCUAUCAUGUUGGUAACAAUAGCCCUGUUAUGGACGAGUUUGCAGAUACCGCCAGCACAGAAGCAGCAAGCAUACUCACAGAUUCUGAUUUCCUGGCAACCAUGGCACAGAUUACAGACGCAUUACAAAAGUUCCCGCUGCCAAAAACCACUCGCCAACCCUACAAGAAAAGCCCAACACAUAGCAAAAGCAGAAUUUCGCCAUUAGGAACAAGCCAAAGCGAUCAACAAACCUCAUGUCGCCCUGUCACUCUAUCCAAAAACACUUCCUUACAAGAUACAGCCAUGCUGACAUCAGGAAGCAUGUCUCCAACUGCUAUCAAAAGCGCCUCAUCAGCAGCAGCACUGGAGGUAUCCACGUCCAUGAUCAUGAGUAGUGGUGACAAAAACGACUUGUUUAAGCAUUUCAGUGAAAAGGAAAAGAAUGUAUUGCAACUGACAAAAUCUUCCUCGAUACAAAACAUGGAGAGAUUUACAAACGAAAGUAAAAUGGCGACCAUUGAUCUAACUGGUGGCUAUUACGAUUUCAGCUCCUGCCUUCAGAGUAGAAUUGAUGCCCAAAUUGUUGAAUUGGCAAGAGCAAGAUCCAAGAACAAAGCUAGCCGAUCACCUAGAAACAACAUGGUUUUUGACAAGCCAAGCAUCAUGAUCUAA